CCUACCUUACCGUUGAACCGCAUUUCCACCGGUCGUCUGAUCAAAACUACAGGACGACCUGACAAGAUGCCAGGCAAGGAGAUCCCGGAUCGCUGCAUGAACUGCCGCGAGGCGCAACCUGCCUUUAUUUUGCGCACCCGUCAUGUCUGUCAAGACUGCUAUGUACGCUUUGUGAAAUACAAGCCCUUCAAGCGCACGGAGAACUAUCGUCUGAGGAGGAACAUGCCACAAGAUGGACCCUGCAAACUUCUACUUCCACUUUCCUACGGGCUGUCGUCCACAGUUCUGCUGCACAUGUUGCAUGAACAAAUUGAAGCCAUGCGCCUCAAGCCGCAUGGUCCCAAGGGCUACGAGCUUCUUGUCCUCACAAUCGAUCCCUCGACCAUAUCCCCCACUAUCCCUUCCCAUGAUGAAGCUUUCAGUCUAGCGGAGAAGCUAUUCCCCCAAUGCUCCUUCACCACCGUUCCUUUCCACAGCAUUUUUGAUCUCGAUCCGAACAUUGGCGAGGUCAUGUCGCAGUAUGCACACGCGGACUUCAAAGAUCAAACAUCAUUGUCGAACCAGGAACGCCUGGAAGUUUUUCGCGCAUCUAUCUCGACCGCAACUUCGAAGGUCGACAUUGACAACAUCCUGAUCAAUCGGCUUAUCGUUGCGUUCGCACAAAAAAUGGAGUGUCGGGGCAUAGUAUGGGGAGAUUCAGACAGCAAGCUGGCUGCCAAGACACUUGCAAAUGUUGCAAAAGGCCGUGGCUCUGCAGUCACAUGGCAGGUGUGUGAUGGAAUGUCACCAUUCGGACUGGAGUAUAAUUUCCCACUCCGGGACUUGUUCACUGUUGAAUUGCGCAACUAUGCUAGCUUCUUCCCUGAACUCGCCGAACUCAUUAUUCCUCAUGAGCAGCCUUCGGAGAAUACGCUUACAAAGAACCUCUCUAUCGACGAGUUGAUGGUUCGUUAUGUCCUCACACAGGGCGAGAAGUACCCUGGUGUGAUGUUGAACGUAACCAGAACAGCAAGCAAGUUACAGUCAUCCGGCGCUUCUUCUGCUGGACCGCAAUGUAAUCUCUGCGGGGCCCUUACGUUCGAUGCGAAUGAGGCAUCAGUUGCGCCACAGGCUACAGGCCAACAUUCAGACAAUUUAUCCUCCCAGAUAUGCUAUGCAUGCGCCCGAUCUCGACCCGAUCUGAGCUGUUAAAAAGUGAUAUUGCAACAUUAAAAAUUAUGAUACGCAGCAUUUGAUUAUGUGACAAUUUCC